AUGAAAGAGAAAACUAAGAGAAGAGAGAGGCCAAGAGGGGAAAGCAGGGAUAAAGGGAAGACCGAGCUUGGCAUGUGGUUAUGUGAUGCUUAUUUCAGCUUUUUGAUCCUUUGCAUUGCUGCGUCUAGUUUUGGCAUUGGACAUGGCCAAAAGGUUUUUAAUGUGGUUGAUUUUGGUGCCAUAGGAGAUGGCCAGAUUGAUGAUACCAAUGGGAUUUCUCAAGUAUCUCAUUAUUGUCACUUAACUAUCGAUUAUGUGCAUGCUCAGGCGUUUCUAUCUGCAUGGCAAGCUUUGUGUGGAGAUGAUGCAGCUCAGGGUACACCUUUCCUUCAGAUUCCUGAAGGGAAAACAUUUUUACUGCAGCCUGUGAAAUUCCAGGGUCCUUGCAAGGCUGUCUUUGUUCAUGUCCAGGUUCAAGGGAAAAUCAUCGCUCCCAACACCAUUGAGGAAUGGAAUAACUGUCAAGCAGAUUACUGGAUAGGCUUUGUAGGCGUAGCCAAUCUCAAUAUGUAUGGAUCAGGACUCAUUGAUGGCCAGGGUUCGGUUUGGUGGAUGUGUGCUAUGCAAGCCAACAGCUUAAAUGCUCUGAACUUCGAGAAAUGUGAUGAUCUUCAGCUUAGUGGUCUAACUCAUGUUGACAGCCCAAAAGGCCAUAUAGGAAUCACUGAUUGCAAUGGUGUCCUUAUCUCUAAUCUUAAUAUCGCUGCACCUGAAAACAGCCCCAACACGGAUGGAAUCGACAUGGCUAGAUCGACCAAUGUUCAUAUUCAAGAUUCUAUGAUAGCAACUGGUGAUGACUGUGUUGCUAUCAAUGGUGGCUGCUCUUAUAUCAACAUCACCAACAUUGCCUGUGGACCAGGCCAUGGCAUUAGCGUUGGAAGUUUAGGAAAGGAUGGACAGUAUGAUACAGUGGAAGAGGUGCAUGUUCGGAACUGUAGCUUCACCGGGACUCAAAACGCGGCAAGAAUCAAGACAUGGCAGGGAGGAUCCGGGUAUGCAAGGAAGAUUUCCUAUGAGCAAAUCACGCUUGUAGCAUCUAAAAAUCCUAUCGUAAUUGAUCAGUAUUACUGUGAUGGUGUAAAUAAUUGCAGAAACUCGUCGACAGCACUGCAAGUGAGCGACGUGAAGUACAGUGGCUUCCAAGGAACAUCUGUAGAUGAAGAAGCAAUCAGAUUGGACUGCAGUGACAGAGGUUGUAUCAACAUUGUAAUGAACAAUAUCAACAUAACCUCAUUGGAUCCAGGAAAAACUACUUAUGCCUAUUGCGAACACACUAGUGGAACAUCUUGGUUUACUACACCGAAUGUGCCCUGCCUAUCAGCAUCAGGAUACUGACUGGAGAGAGCUUAACUGUUUUUCUUUAGGGAUUUUUACUGAACAUACCACAGACCAUUACAGUCAUGGUGAUCCAACCAGACAUCUUGUGCCAAGCUAUUUCUUGUAGGUGCCUGAUGGCUGCGUAUGUUGACCUUUUCUGACACAUUCUCCUCUUGGCAUUGUUAGCCCUUCUUCCUUUUUACCUUCAUCCCCUUCUGUUGUCUGAUAUCUCAGGUUUUGGUCACCUCAAGGUUUUUCUACAAGGAAUUUGGAAGGUUUUUUUUUUUUU